ACCUAUUCUGAUGGGCAGCCUCCAGCCAAUCGGAAUGCCAGAUGCGUCCAGCUCUUGGUAUAAUUGUAAAAGAAAAGCACGGAAACGGCUGGUCUUUCGUGUGAAAUCACAGAGAACGUCGAGUAACGAGAACCGGUUAAGCCUCUUAAACAUUUAGCUAGAAUUUCUUUAUUUAUUAAAAGUAAUCCAGGUGGACGACCAUGGCCUCGGGAGGGGAAUCCAAAAAUGAUGAUCUAGCCACUGCAAUUCUGAAACAGAAGAGCAGACCCAACAGACUGAUUGUUGAUGAAUCCAUCAAUGAAGACAACAGUGUGGUCUCUCUCUCUCAGACCAAGAUGGAUGAGCUGCAGCUCUUCCGUGGAGACACAGUGCUGAUGAAGGGAAAGAAGAGGCGGGAGACUGUGUGCAUUGUGCUGUCUGACGACACCUGUUCUGAUGAAAAGGUUCGCAUGAACAGGGUGGUCCGCAACAAUCUGAGGGUCAGACUGGGUGAUGUCAUCAGCAUUCAGCCAUGUCCUGAUGUGAAGUACGGAAAGAGGAUCCACGUCCUCCCAAUAGAUGACACCGUAGAAGGAAUUACUGGCAACCUGUUUGAGGUCUACCUGAAGCCAUACUUUCUGGAGGCUUACAGGCCAAUUCGCAAAGGUGAUAUUUUCCUGGUCAGAGGAGGCAUGCGUGCUGUGGAGUUCAAGGUGGUAGAGACUGACCCUUCUCCCUACUGCAUCGUUGCUCCGGAUACAGUCAUCCACUGUGAGGGAGAGCCAAUCAGGAGAGAGGAUGAGGAAGAGUCCCUGAACGAGGUUGGCUAUGAUGACAUUGGAGGAGUGAGGAAGCAGUUGGCUCAGAUCAAAGAGAUGGUGGAGCUGCCUCUUCGACACCCUGCACUGUUCAAGGCCAUAGGAGUCAAGCCCCCACGUGGAAUCCUGCUAUAUGGACCCCCUGGAACCGGAAAGACCUUGAUUGCAAGAGCUGUAGCCAAUGAAACUGGAGCUUUCUUUUUCCUGAUUAAUGGUCCUGAGAUCAUGAGUAAGCUGGCAGGAGAGAGCGAGAGUAACCUGAGAAAGGCCUUCGAAGAAGCAGAGAAGAAUGCUCCUGCCAUCAUCUUUAUUGAUGAGCUUGAUGCAAUUGCUCCUAAGAGAGAGAAGACUCAUGGAGAGGUGGAGAGGCGCAUUGUUUCCCAGCUGCUGACUCUUAUGGAUGGCCUGAAGCAGAGAGCUCAUGUCAUCGUCAUGGCUGCCACCAACAGACCCAACAGCAUUGACCCAGCGCUCAGGAGAUUUGGGCGUUUUGAUAGGGAAGUGGACAUUGGCAUCCCUGAUGCCACCGGCAGAUUGGAGAUACUCCAGAUUCACACCAAGAACAUGAAACUGGCUGACGAUGUUGACUUGGAACAGGUAGCCAAUGAGACCCAUGGACAUGUGGGUGCGGAUCUGGCUGCUCUCUGCUCCGAGGCUGCCCUGCAGGCCAUCAGGAAGAAGAUGGACCUGAUUGAUCUUGAGGACGAGACCAUUGAUGCUGAAGUCAUGAACUCACUUGCUGUCACUAUGGAUGACUUCAAGUGGGCCCUGAGCCAGAGCAACCCAUCAGCACUGAGGGAGACGGUUGUUGAGGUUCCCAACAUCACCUGGGAAGACAUCGGAGGUCUGGAUGAUGUCAAGAGGGAGCUGCAGGAGUUGGUGCAGUAUCCAGUGGAGCACCCGGAAAAGUUCCUCAAGUUCGGCAUGACCCCAUCCAAGGGCGUGCUGUUCUAUGGUCCCCCUGGUUGUGGUAAGACUCUGCUGGCCAAAGCCAUCGCCAACGAGUGCCAGGCAAAUUUCAUCUCCAUCAAAGGACCGGAGCUGCUCACCAUGUGGUUUGGAGAGUCCGAGGCCAACGUCAGAGAGAUCUUUGACAAGGCUCGUCAAGCAGCCCCAUGCGUUCUCUUCUUUGAUGAGCUGGACUCCAUAGCCAAGGCCCGUGGCGGCAACGUGGGAGAUGGUGGCGGAGCAGCCGACCGCGUCAUCAACCAGAUCCUCACUGAGAUGGACGGAAUGUCCAGCAAGAAGAACGUCUUCAUCAUUGGAGCCACAAACAGACCAGACAUCAUCGACCCUGCCAUCCUGAGACCUGGCCGUCUGGAUCAGCUCAUCUACAUCCCCCUGCCCGACGAGAAGAGCAGGAUGAGCAUCCUGAAAGCCAACCUCCGCAAGAGCCCCAUCAGCAAGGAUGUGGACGUGGACUACCUGGCAAAGAUGACCAAUGGCUUCUCUGGAGCAGAUCUUACUGAGAUCUGCCAGCGGGCGUGUAAGCUGGCCAUCAGAGAGAGCAUCGAGAAUGAGAUCCGCAGAGAGAGGGAGAGGCAGACCAACCCGUCAGCUAUGGAGGUGGAAGAGGAUGAUCCUGUGCCAGAGAUCAGGAAGGACCACUUUGAGGAGGCAAUGCGAUUUGCUCGUCGCUCCGUCAGUGACAAUGACAUUCGCAAAUAUGAGAUGUUUGCUCAGACACUGCAGCAGAGCCGUGGCUUUGGCAGCUUCAGGUUUCCCUCCAGUACUGCAGGUGGCAGUGGUCCAACCCAUGGCUCAGGAGGAACUGGCACUGGUCCAGUGUUCAAUGAAGACAACGACGAUGACCUUUAUGGAUAAAUGUACACUGCCCUACAGUGGUCAGUACUGGGAUCACACCUGUACAAAUUCUCACCAGAUUCCACAUUUUUAGGACUUUGUGCUUCUUUCAUGUGUUCCUUUUUUUUGUAUGACUUCCCUUGGAGAACGCAUGUAGCCGCUUGGUUUGCCCUGGCUUUGAUGUGGGUGGGGGUAAGGGGAUGUUGGAAAUGGAAGGUGAGUGUCUGAUGCAGAUUGCAGGGAUUUGGGGGGGGGCGGGGGGGUCUUAGUGAGUGGCCUCAUUCUCAGUAUAUCACAACCAACAUGAACGGCUUUAGUGAUGGGAUUCUAUGCUAGACUAUAAGAAAGAAAAGAAAAAAACAUAUUGCUUAUGACUUCCCCUUUUUUUUUUUUUUUUUUUUUUAAAUAAACAGUAGCAUAUAAUGUAUUACAAAUUUGUCAAGGUUAUGUUGUUGAAAAUAAAAUCUCUCAAAAUGGAAGUAUUA